AUUCGCCACACGCCAUGAUUGGAUGAUUGAAGGGUUCAACCCGUACUCUUUUCUUCGCUCGACACGCACGCCAUACACAUACACACUCACUUUUCUUCUACCAUACUUGAUUUUGUUCAGCAUUUAAAAGAAGACAAUGUCAGGCUAUAACCUCAUUUGGGUGUUCAUUGCUGUAGUGAUUGCCUCGGCUGCAGGCUAUGUAUUGACGCCAAAGGGUGACAAUCAAACUGUGAUUCGUACAAUUAUUAUAAUGACGCUCGCAUGCUGCUACAUGUCAUGGGCUAUUACGUACCUCGCGCAACUUCAUCCGUUGAUUGUCCCGAAAAAGACAGGCAUGCGUCCUCAUCUCGAGUAGAACAAGCUACAUAUAUAACAUCCCCCAACGUAUAUUAUAACGGCCCAGACAUAAAGAAAAAGAAGAGCUUCUCUACAACAUACCCUUAUAACUGUACCAAUCCCCUUUUACUGUUUGCCCGAACAAAGCACAUCCUUCUUGCUAGUUGCAUAAACAACAUGUUUUUUUUUGAAGUUUGGGU